UUUAUAUUCGCCAGGCGUAGAAUAUUUAGAUAUAUUUAAUAAAUUGAGGUUAAAUAUAAUCACAAUGAAAUAUUUAAAGUAACCCUGACAUUCAUCAUAUUUGAGCCUAAUUCGGUCGUCUUACCGUGCUGUUGUUCGCUAACAUAUAAUUGGCUACAUAUCAUGUCAAUAGUUCUUGGCUCACCUUGUUGUUAUUGUGUUGCAAGUGCUAUCUAUAAGUAAUCAUUUUCGGGGCUUGGACGGUAUUAGCAGCAUUUAAGCAGUCCUCACGAGAUAAUUAUUAAAACGGAUUAUAAAAAUGGAGAAUAGGAUUAGAUGUUAUGAAGAAAUAUCAUCUGAAACUUUUGAUACCGAAAAUGUGGUCACAGAUUCUUCGUCUGAUCAGGUUGAUGUGGAGUCAGUCAUAUUAAAAAUCUACAAACAGUUCGAGAAAAGUGCAGAAAUAGAACCAGAGUUCCCUGUAGUAAGAAAAAGAAUUCAUUGUCAAUUGUUGAAGGACUAUCUCAGAACUUUACCUCAAAAAUAUGAAUGCUUGGAUGCAAGCAGAACAUGGAUAGUUUACUGGGUCUUACACUCAUUGUGGUUACUUAAUGAUAUGCCUGAUGCAGAGACUUUAUCUGAUGUAGUAAAGUUUCUAACUCUGUGUCAGCAUGACGAAGGUGGUUAUGGAGGUGGUCCAGGACAAUACCCUCAUCUUGGAACCACAUAUGCCGCUGUUAAUGCUCUUAGCAUAAUAGGAACAGAAGAAGCAUACAACUCUUUAGACAGAAGUAGUUUACAAAAGUUUUUAUGGACUGUAAGAGAUGUUGAUGGGUCUUUUGCUCUUCACAAGGGUGGAGAGCAAGAUAUAAGAGGAGCUUAUUGUGCAGUCAGUAUUGCUAAAAUUACAAAUACAUACACUGAUGCCUUAUUUGAUAAAACAGCUGAGUGGAUAGUCGGCUGUCAGACAUAUGAAGGUGGAUUCGCUGGAUGUCCUGGCAUGGAGGCACAUGGUGGAUAUGCAUUCUGUGGCAUUGCUUCUUUGGCAUUGUUAAACAAAACACAUCUAUGUGACAUAGACGCAUUAUUAAGGUGGUGUGUGAAUCGUCAAAUGCGUUUAGAAGGUGGAUUUCAAGGUAGAACAAAUAAACUGGUGGAUGGGUGUUACUCAUUUUGGCAAGGAGCUGCAUUUCCAAUAAUCAGUGCUAUCUUAUCUCAAGAAAAUAAAGAAUUACUAGAAACAGUUCUCUUCAAUCAAGGUGCCUUGCAAGAGUAUAUAAUUAUCUGCUGUCAAGCUUUGCCUCGGGGCGGCUUUAUUGAUAAACCUGGCAAGCAUCCAGAUAUUUAUCACACUUGUUAUGCUCUGAGUGGGCUGUCAGUGGCGCAGCAUGGUACAGGGGCUGGAGACCCCUUCAUUGUUGGGCGACCCAGCAAUGAACUCAACAGAAUACACCCACUCUACAAUGUUGCACCACAUCUUGCCUAUAAUGCUGUCCACUACUUCAUCAGACAUCCACCACCAGUCAAAGAUAAAAAUUAGGUAUCUAAAACCUCUAGUUAUACUAAUUUUUAUAGCUUACUUAAACACCAGUCCUCUUAUACACAAAUAUUCCAAUGUUUGACUAUCCAUUCACAUUUAUCCUUGUUGACAGUUGAAAUUUUAAAUGUGAUAUAAUUAUCUAUAUCAUUCCAAUGUGUAGGAAAAUUAAUUAAAAUUGCAGGAUAAACUUGCUUACCAUCAUACUUACCAAAUAUCAUUUAAUUGAUAUUUUAAUUAGUUUUCCAAUUAUUACCCAAAAUGUGUUUGUUUCAUAAGGUAAAAAUAUUAUUAUUUUAUUACAUUCAAGUAAAUAAGUAUUUAUCUAACAUUAUUGUUAAAUGUUAUAAAAUUUUACACCCAAUUGAAACAAAUGCACUUCACAUUUUUCUGUACUGUACUGCUACUUUUAUAAGCAAAAUCUAAAUAAGAUAUCUGAAUAUUUUAAUAACAGUGUAAGUAUUCCACAUUUCCUUUGCAACAUUUUGUUUAGAAUAUUAAUAUUAUUAUGUUCCUUUCAUUCUCACUUGCUUGCAGUAUAUAAAAAAAAAAUAUGUAUUUAUAAUAAUUAUAAUUGUCCGUCAAGUUCAUAAAUAAAAAACUGUGUAAAAUAAAAUAAUGAAUUUUUAUUAUUCCCUUUUAUUGAAAUGCAAUAAAUUUUUGCAUCAAGUUUGCAAAUUAUACUAACUAAAUUAGCUGUACAUAGCAUUAUGGGUAAGUUUUUACACAUUUAUACAUACAUUCCCCAGGCCAUAAUUUCCUAUGAACAAGUUUUUAUAAUUUAUCAUGAAACACUACUAAUAUUAUCAUUCAAUUUAAGCUGAAUUUCUUGUCUUUUAUAAUAUACAUGGUACAUAAAGGAUGCUUAUUUUCAUUUCACAUUUAUUAUAUCUGUAGGUAAAACAAUAUGAGAACCCUAAUAGUGAUUUAUUAUACAAUGUUCUAAGCAACAUUAACAAUUUGUGUGAUGAUCUUUAAGUAGCUACUUAUACAAAGUACAUACAUUUUUGGUAAUGCAAUACAUUGAUGAUUUUGAUUUAUUUCCAUUCACACUAACACAAAUUCCUCUGAUUCAAUGUCUGUAUCACUGUCUUGGAUAUUUGGUGUUACCCAGUUUUGCUCUGUUUCAUAAAUAGAGUUCCUAAUAUUAGGAAAGUUCAUAACAUUACUACACGACCCACUGUUCACAGUGAAAAUAGGAUAUUCAAAGUUAGCAGACACUCCCUGGGGGACUAGGAAUGAUUGUAUAACAUUGAUAAAUGUUUCCAAAUCAUUUUGUGUUGCCAGGUAGAACCCUAUGCAGCAAGAAGGGUCCAUUUUACUUAGCGGCAUUUUUCUUGGUGAUCUACAAUGAAAUGACUGUAAAGAAAAGUUAGGUUGCCAAACAUCUACCAUUUCUUGACAAUAAUGAGGGUCCAAGUGAAUUAAUCUGUCAUCUUGGUAUCCCACAAAAUACAAUGAAUGUUUGGGUCGUCCCCCAAUAAUUCCUAUACAAAAAUCUAAUGUAAGUAAUGAUGUAAGGCAGGGGCCAUAAAUGGGGUUAAAUUUAUCAGACCCCAAUUUUACAGGUACUAACAAAAUAAGGGAUUUCCAAGAACCAUUUGGUAGACGACAAAGUGUAUAAACAUCUUGAAUAUAUAUAGUUGAAUCUUGAGCAACAUAAACUUCCAAAUUAUCAAAUUCAUAAUUUUCUUUUGAAGCAGCUGUCAUAACUGCUUUCAAGCAGUGAGCAACUGAUGCAGGGCCAUACCAGUCUCCUGGUUUCUUUCCUAAUGCCUCUCCUAAACUCACCAUCUGAUGAAUAGAUAGAGGACUGUUGACUGAUGAUUUGUCACCAAACCAUUUGAUUAUCAUGCGGUGUAAACAAUCUUCUUGAAAUUCCCUGGCAUUUUGUAUAGCCCUUUCAGGAUACCACCUCCAAGAACGACCAAGAAAAUGACUCACUAGAGCUUGGGCUAACAACAUCUGUCCACUUCGUAGCAUGCAUCCCCAGCCACAGUCUGUGGUGAAUGAGGAGCCUGACAUGGUGGGGAAUUCCCUUCUAUAAGUCAUCCAUAUUUUGCUAAUAAAAUCUGAUUUGAAGCCUUCUAUGCCCUCUCCAUAUAUCUGUUCAAUUGGCUGAUUAGCUGUUGCUUCCAUACCAAUUUCAGUAGAUGAUUCUAAUGAUCCAGUCGGACUAAGUUUUCGAUGAUAGCAUCUGCCCAGAAGCCAUACAGGCGAUUCUUUUGAAAAGCUGGUUUUCAAUUUCACAGUCCAUCCAAACUUCACGUUAUUCCACAUGGAUAAGAGACGGGACUCAACCUUACCUUUGAGGUCGAGUAGUUCCUCAGUGCCUCCAUUUGAACUUGUAGCUCCGCUUUUAUUUUUAUCGAUAUUUAUCGCUGAUGCAUUUUGCGUGAUUCCAUUAUCAGAUGGAUGUUGCUCCGAGUUGUGAGUAACAAUGCUACUAGACCCGUUCAUUAUAUUACAGCAUUGUACUUACUGUUUACUGUUGGAAUUAAAACCCAAUAUUUGUCGACUGGUCAGCAGUUCGUUAUGUCUAUGUGUUUAUAAGGUUGUGUCCCCAUAAUAUUACUUCACGUUCUAAUAUCCUUUCAGUCUACAAUUGUUGCACUGGGCUGUUCAUCAUGUAUGGAAAAUAGGUAUCAAUUUAUCGAUAAAAUAAAUGCAAUUUCAAUGUUAAGAACAAAAACAUUAAGGAUAAAGAAAAACACACGACAAACCACACAGACACACAGUGACAUUGACAACAAAUAUGUCAUGUCACAUCGAUUUUUACUAUUUC